AUGGCGGCCGGCACGCGCGCGGCGUCCGGAGCGGGGACGCGACCCGCCAUGGCCCAGUGGAGGAAGAAGAAAGGGCUCCGGCAGCGCAGGGGCGCGGCCUCCCAGGCCCGCGACAGCGACUCGGAGGACGGCGAGUUUGAGAUCCAGGCGGAAGAUGACACCCGGGCCCGAAAGCCGGGCCCCAGCCGAGCCCUGCCUACCUUUCCCAGCUCGGAGUGCGCCUCGGACGUGGAGCUGGACACCCGGCAGAUGGUGCGGGCCCAGCAGAGGAAGAAGAAGUCGGGGGGCUUCCAGUCCAUGGGCCUGAGCUACCCCGUGUUCAAGGGUGUCAUGAAGAAGGGUUAUAAGGUGCCGACGCCCAUCCAGAGGAAGACCAUCCCCGUGAUCCUGGAUGGCAAGGACGUGGUGGCCAUGGCCCGCACGGGCAGUGGCAAGACGGCCUGCUUCCUCCUGCCCAUGUUCGAGCGGCUCAAGGCCCGCAGUGCCCAGACUGGGGCCCGUGCACUGGUGCUGUCGCCCACCCGGGAGCUGGCCUUGCAGACCAUGAAGUUCACCAAAGAGCUGGGCAAAUUCACCGGCCUCAAGACGGCCCUGAUCCUUGGAGGAGACAAAAUGGAAGACCAGUUUGCGGCCCUACACGAGAAUCCCGACAUAAUCAUCGCCACCCCAGGGCGGUUGGUGCACGUGGCCGUGGAGAUGAACCUGAAGUUACAGAGUGUGGAGUAUGUCGUGUUUGACGAGGCCGACAGGCUCUUCGAGAUGGGCUUUGCUGAGCAGCUGCAGGAAAUCCUCGGCCGCCUCCCUGGGGGCCACCAGACGGUGCUGUUUUCCGCCACACUGCCCAAACUGCUGGUGGAGUUUGCUCGGGCAGGCCUCACGGAGCCUGUGCUCAUCCGCCUGGACGUGGAUGCCAAACUCAACGAGCAGCUUAAGACUUCCUUUUUCCUGGUGCGUGAGGACACCAAGGCCGCCGUGCUGCUUCACCUGCUGCGUAACGUGGUGCGGCCCCAGGACCAGACGGUGGUGUUUGUGGCCACGAAGCACCACGCAGAGUACCUGACUGAGCUGCUGACGGCCCAGGGCGUGAGCUGCGCCCACAUCUACAGUGCCCUGGACCAGACGGCCCGUAAAAUCAACCUGGCCAAGUUCACGCACGGCAAGUGCUCCACACUCAUCGUCACGGACCUGGCCGCCCGGGGCCUGGACAUCCCCCUGCUGGACAAUGUCAUCAACUACAGCUUCCCUGCCAAGGGCAAGUUGUUCCUGCACCGUGUGGGCCGCGUGGCCCGGGCCGGCCGCAGUGGCACAGCCUACUCUCUGGUGGCCCCAGACGAGCUCCCCUACCUGCUGGACUUACACCUGUUCCUGGGCCGCUCCCUGGCUCUUGCCUACCCCAGUGAGGAACCCGCAGGGGACGACGGCGUGCUGGGCCGGGUGCCACAGAGCGUGGUGGACGACGAGGACUGCAGCCUACAGCACAGCCUGGAGGCCAAGCUGGAGCUGAGGAGCCUGGGCCGUGUGGCCGACAACGCACAGCGCCAGUACGUGCGCUCGCGCCCCGCGCCCUCGCCCGAGUCCAUCAAGAGGACCAAGGAACUGGACCUGGCCGCGCUGGGCCUGCACCCGCUCUUCAGCUCACGCUGCCAGCAGGAGGAGCUGCAGCGCCUACAGCUGGUGGACAGCAUUAAGAAGUACCGUGCACGGACGACCAUCUUUGAGAUCAACGCCUCCAGCCGGGACCUGAGCUGCCAGGUGAUGCGCGCCAAGCGACAGAAAGACCGCAAAGCCAUUGCCAGCUUCCAGCAGGGGCGACAAGAGCGGCAGGAACAGCAGGAACGCCCAGCCUGCCCUGCCCCGCAGCAGGAGGAGGAAGGGGAGGAGGAGGAUACAGAACAGGGGGUGGAGGUACUGCUGCUCUCUGGGGAGAUGGGAGUCCAGGCGCCCCACAGGGCUGUCCCCAGAACAAUACAGAUGGGUGCGUGUAGGUUUGGAGUCCCACCUUGGCUGCUCAGAGAAGCCAUGACUGAACCUGGCUUCCGAU